AUGUCCGAUUUCUUAUUUAUAUGUGAUAGCAUCCAACCUACACUUAAGAAGGUGAAAUUAGACCUUUUUAACUCAUUUGAAGAUGAAACAACAUCAGCUAUCACAAGAAAAUAGGAUCCAUCCUUUAUUCCUUUCUUAAGCUUAAGAUAAAAAUUCGGAGUGCAUUAAAAAGGUGGUUUUUAUCCACUUCCAAAGAAGUAUGCAUCUCUUUUGGAUUUAUGCAACAAGAUAGAAAUGAAUUACUUAAGAAAUUAAUGUUAAAUAUAGUUCACAGUCCAGAAUAAUUUCACAGAUAUCAUAUAAGUACUUUAGUUAUUAAAUUUGGAUCCUAAAUUAUAUAAAUUGAAAGUGAUUUAGGAUGGAAUAGUGAUUUAGCAUCCAUCGUAAAUUAAUUCUAACAAGAGUGAUAAUAAAAUAAUUGUAAAAUCUUCUUAAGAAAUUGCACAAUUAUCUGAUUUGAUCAAUAAAAGAAUACAAUCAUUAAGAGAAAAGCUCGAUUAAUUAGUUUAAAUUAAACACAAACAAUAUUUAUCAACAAUUAAUUGUGAAGAUUUUGAACAAUUUGGAUCAUAGUUUAAAAUCUAUCAUAAUGAUUUUGAUUUGAAUGAUUGUCCUGAUAUAAGACCGGUUAAGUUGAAGAAAACAAUAUUCACAAAAGAAUAAAUAUAGUUACAUCUUGAUAUGUUAAAUUUCAUGGCCGAACACUACGAUAAACGAGGAGUUAGUUUCAUGUUUUAUGAUCAUAUAGUUACCAUACUAAGUGUUCAUUUUAAUAAAGUUAAAAGUGAGAUAGAAAGAGCUCUAAAAAAUAUAAUGAAUUUGAUUCCAGAUAAAAUAUAGAUUCUAAUGAAUCAUAUAAAUAAACAAAGGUGGAUGAUUUAGUUAGAUAGAGCUUCUCUAACGUAAUUAAAUAAGUAAUGUAUAUUGAAUUCAUUUUUGUGUAAUUGA